UGGGACUCUUGUUCUCGACGGAUCGUUCACUGCCGCCUCGACAUUCACUGGGACAAAUGUUGCCCCGUGGGCACCGGCUGCACUGCAUGGUCCACGACUCAGGCAACACCUUGCUAGGCACAAAACAUUCGGCGACCUACACAAUCCGCGUGUCGUGCCAGCUCGCAAGCCACAAAAUCAACCUUUGCCAGGUCCAGUUCAUAUAGAGUUCCAGAAGUUCGUUCCGGUUAGCGGCGUCUGAGACCUUGCUCUAACCUGGACGAGGCAACAACACCCUUCGGCACGACACCACAGACACCAUCGCCAAACCAUCCUUCGCCACAACUGAUCACGACGGCACACCAGCAACCGCGACACCAGCAGCAGCAACUACACUCAGAGCCAGGUCACCCGUCCGUCAUCACGCACCUCCCGUGUCUGCUCUCUCCACAGCCAGGCUGUCUUUGCAGGUGUUGCGUCACUGUUCGCUUCGCAUCGGCGCGACCCCCACGAUGGCAUGUAACGCUGCAGCAUGCGGUGGCGGCUGCGCCCCCACGGCCGGCAACAUCCCGUGCUCUGCCAACGGCCACCCUGACGGCGCCGCCGCAGACAUUGAAGACUACAAGGCUGAGAUUGUCCGCCUCAACUCUCGUGUCAGAGAGCUCCAGUCGCUCCUUGGCCCGGCUCCCAACCUCGCCAGCGGCACCCCAAGCACCUCGUCUGUCACUGCCGACGACGACACCCGCCCGGCAUCGGCACACAGCUCCGCGCCCACGACGCCCCCUCGCCGCCUUCGUUCUUCGUACUGGUUCGACCGCAAGGAAGACCCGGCCCUCACUGCGCUCUACACAGAGCGCUACCUCAACUAUGGCCUCACUUCGCGCGAGCUCAAGCCUUCCGGCGGCCCAAAAAUUGGCAUUGCCCAGUCAGGCUCCGACCUUGCUCCAUGCAACCGCCACGGCAUAGAGCUUGCGAAGCGCAUCCGGGCCGGCAUCAUCGCAGCGGGCGGCGUGCCUUUCGAGUUCCCCAUGCAUCCCAUUCAGGAGACGGCCCGGCGACCCACAGCCGCCCUUGACCGCAAUCUGGCCGCGCUCUCAUUGACAGAAGUCCUUCACGGAUAUCCGCUUGACGGUGUAGUGAUGAUCACGGGCUGCGACAAGACCACUCCAGCCUGUCUCAUGGCUGCAGCGACGGUUAACCUUCCUGCCAUCUGUUUCAAUGUGGGCCCGAUGCUGAACGGAUGGAGCAACGGCAAGCGGAUCGGAUCUGGAACGGUCAUCUGGGAGGCGCGCGAGCGAUACACGGCUGGCGAGAUAGAUUCGGACCAGGUGCUGGAAAUGAUCGCUUCAGGAACACCGAGUCCUGGUCACUGCAACACCAUGGGCACCGCCUUGACAAUGAACAUCAUUGCCGAGACACUCGGCAUGGCGCUGCCGGGAUCGGCGGUGGUGCCUGCCGUCCACCGUGAGCGGUCUCAGUUGGCCUUUGAUACUGGGCUGCAGAUUGUCGACAUGGUUCACCGCAACGUGUUACCGCUGGAUAUCAUGACGCGCAAGGCUUUCGAGAACGCCAUCGUGGCAACAACACUAGUUGGCGGAAGCAGCAAUGCCGUGGUCCACCUGAAAGCCAUCGCUGAGCACGCACACGUUCCCCUCGAGAUGGAAGACUGGUACAAGUUUGGGUACGCACUACCGCUACUGGUCAACAUGCAGCCAGCUGGAGAGAUGCUCAGCGAGGACUUUCACCGUGCUGGAGGUGUUCCCGCUGUGCUCGCUGAGGCGAUUGAGGCUGGGAAGCUGCCUCACCCAGACGCAUUGACAGUCAACGGCAAGACGAUCCGUGACAAUGUCCAGGGCAAGAUCACAUGGGACCGCCAAACCAUCAAGCCUUUCCAGCAGCCAUUAAAGGUGAAUGCCGGGUUUCUGCCACUGUCCGGAACAUUGUUCGAUUCUGCCAUUAUGAAAACAUCAGUCAUCUCGCCGGAGUUCCGGGACACGUUCUUGGCAAAUCCGGCAAGCCCCAACGCCUUUGAAGGGCCCGUCGUGGUGUUUGACGGCCCAGAAGACUACCACGAGCGACUGGAGACGGCACCAAUCACUCCGCACACAAUCAUGGUUAUGCGUGGCGUCGGCCCGCUGGGGUAUCCAGGAUCAGCCGAAGUUGUCAACAUGCACCCGCCCAGCGCGCUGCUCAAGCAGGGUAUCAAGUCACUACCUUGUAUCGGUGAUGGUCGCCAAUCUGGCACGUCGGGUUCGCCCUCAAUCUUGCAUGUCACGCCCGAGGCAGCUACUGAGGGCAGCAAGCUCGCCCUGCUGCGUGAUGGAGACGUUCUUCGAGUCGACCUCAAUACCAGACGCGUCGAUCUCCUCGUCUCUGAGAGGGAACUCGCCGUGCGCCGGAAAGACUUGACCCGGAAGCGUGGACGGUGCAUUCCACAGACACAGACAGGAUGGCAAGACAUUCACCGUCGCGAGGUAUCCGACCUCAGUGAGGGCAUGGUCUUUAAGAGAGCCAAGGCCUUCCACAACGUCGCACAGGGAGACAUCCCCAGAGACAACCACUGAUCUGGACUACUCAUGGUCUGGCCUUUGCCAACAUGCAUGAUAGCUUAUCGCCCGUUCGAGAUCUUCCCAACGACGACAACGAUGUGUACAAUGAAAUAAUGCUUUAGAAACGUCACACUUUGGUGACGGACCAAUGAUAGACUGAUAGACUGAGGACUUGGGAUCUUGGCAUUUUUGCGAUGUUUUUUCAGGCGAGGCGUUUUAUCCAGGUUUUAGCAAGCGGCUCUCGACCACAGGUGUGGUGGACAGCUACAACAGCAGCCACCCCCAGGAGUCUUCGAUGGCGAUAGCAUAGCUGUAAUCUCAAUCUGUCCAUUUUCACUGCAUCGACAGUUCACGCGUGGGGUUGUCGUGAAGGGAUUGCGGUCAACUGACAAUAAGUAGUCUGGUUUCCCAAG